AUGGGUGUAAUUUCUCGGUUAACGGUGUUGGGAGCGCUGGUCCACUAUACCGCGGCUCAAUUCGUUCCAGCGCCGACCGACUUGAUCACGAAGAAAGGUCAUGCAGGUAUUAAUGUGCGCUAUAAAGAAGUGCCCGCUGGAAUCUGUGAGCAGGAUCCGGAUGUAAAAAGUUACUCGGGUUAUGCUGAUGUUGGGGAGCAUGAACACAUUUUUUGGUGGUUCUUCGAGACCAGGAAUGGAGAUCCUUCAGAAGCACCACUGACGGUUUGGAUCAAUGGCGGCCCGGGGUCAUCUUCAAUGAUCGGAUUAUUCCAGGAAUUAGGCCCAUGUGGAGUUGACUAUGAGGGGAAUGUAUACAACAACCCUCAUUCAUGGAGCAACGUGAGCAACAUGAUCUUCAUCGAUCAGCCUGCUACAACUGGCUUCUCAUACACAAUCCCUAUUCCGGGAUAUCAGGACGACGAAGGCAAUAUAAUUGAGUUACCCAACACCACAUGCCCAGAUUACGCCCAGCAAUACGGGACAUGCGGCACAUAUUCCAAGCCUGACAUCGCACUGGUUCCGAAUUCCACCCAAGGUGCCGCUCCCAACAUGUGGAAAACUCUGCAGGGAUUCAUGGGUGCAUUCCCACAGUACUCAAAGAACGGCUUCAAUUUCGCUACUGAGAGUUAUGGGGGUCACUAUGGGCCGGUUUUCAACACCUACUUUUUGGAGCAGAACGCCAAAAAGAUUCCUGGCGCAAUCGAUAUCGAACUCGAGAACGUAUUCAUCGGUAAUGGCUGGUUCGAUCCCCUGAUCCAGUACCAGGCAUACUACAAUUUCUCUGUGUUCCCCGGUAACACAUAUGAUUACGAUCCAUACAACGCAACUAUAAAGGCGGAGUGGUAUAACAACCUUUACGGAAAGGGAAACUGCGUUGACCAAACUCUGGAAUGUUAUGCCACCGGCCGUAAUGAUAUCUGCUCCGCAGCCGACGACUUCUGUGCGGAAAAAGUCGAGGAGCUUUACGAUAUCUACUCGGGUCGCGAUGAAUAUGAUAUGCGUGAAUUGAGCUCCGAUCCGUUCCCUUACGUGUUCUAUGUGGACUAUCUCAAUUCCCCGAAGGUUCAAGCGGCGAUCGGUGCAUACCAGAAUUUCUCCGAGUCGUCUAACACUGUUGGUACUGCUUUUGGAAGUACCGGUGAUGACGACCGUAUGUCUGGCACCAUAGGCGACGUGAAGAAGCUGAUAGAAUCGGGUGUUCAGGUGGUCAUGUAUUUUGGCGAUGCCGACUAUAACUGCAACUGGCUUGGUGGUCAAGUUAUCGCAAAGGAGAUCAAUGCUCCUGGGUACGAAGAGGCAGGCUUUGUCAAUCUCACCACUUCGGAUGGGAUCGUUCACGGACAGGUCCGACAAAGUGACUUGUAUACUUUUGUCCGUAUUUAUGAAUCUGGUCACGAAGUCCCAUUCUAUCAGCCUCUGGCUGCAUUAUCGUUUUUCGAGAGAGGUCUCUCUCGAAAGGACAUCGCUACCGGAAAGAAGCAUAUGAAACAGCAUGGGGGCUAUCGAACUGUCGGAGCCGCUACAAGUGAUUACCGAGAGGGAAAUGGCACGAUCGUCUUCAAGGAUCUUCCGAGUAAUGCCACUUACAACACGACUCUUAAUGGACCUAACCCAUAG